GCCUGGAGGACAAACACUUUGUCUCUGUUUUCUUGUAUUAUAGAAUGCAGGUCACCCAAUCUGAGGUAUUCUUUUGUGAUAUUUGCUUUGAUUUACAAGUUUGUAAACAUGGUUUUGUUGAUGAUUCUAAUGGCUUUCAAAUUAGCAAAUUAUAG